AUGUCGGGCGUCAUUACCACCGCUGAAUCUUCCCGCGAGAACCCCCGAACCUCGUCGGCAGGCAAAAACGACUUGACCGUGCCUGAAACGCACCAACAAAGUCGAGCCUCUCCACCUCUGGUCACGCAAAACGAAGACGGAGAACCGCGUGAAUGGGGUGGAACGCUAAGGAACGAAUUGAAGCUCACCAGCGCGGCCAAGUCAUUGCUGCCACCCGUGGGAUGCCGAGGAAGUGAUCAAUUUCAUUCGGAGGCAGCUGGAAUGAAAACGCCCAAAUUAAAAUCAAGCAUUGUGGCGGGAUCAUUUUUGAAAGCUGGCUUUGGCGGGAAAGGACAUGGAACUGGGUCGGCGCGAUUGGAGACGAAUCGUGAAGCGAGGCUGAUACCCAACGACAAUUGGGGUGAUGACAAAGCUCGUGGAGACUACGAAGUGGGCUGGAUGCUGCUGAAACGAAAAAACCGAAUUCUUGUGCUCAAGAACACUGUCGUUGUUUUGCAGGAUUUCGAGUUUGGGAUGCCUUUUUUUAUCCGAUUUGGAGCCAACUUUGCGAGCUCGAAACUUCCAAUUGGGUUGAUGAAAAUGAGAGGUUAA